AUGCCCCCAUCACCGAACCAACACCUACUCAACACCUCCUGGACACUUCAUCGCCUCUCGCCCCUCCAUCAUGGCAAGGAAAAUCAAUCCCUCCUCGACAACCCCGCCGCAUUAAAUACCUACGCGACGCGACUCCGCGACCAACUAACCGGGAAUGCCGUCUCGGGUAUCUCAGCCAGCGCCGCCGACGAUGAAUCCUUGUCUCGAACCGGCGCGUUGAAAACCUGUGUCUGGGAAAUCCUACCUAGUCUUUCGCUUCUUGAUAACUCGGCAGCAGCUUUUACCGCCACUGAUCACUCCACCGGGGUGGGCAUUUCCGUGACGCUAGAGUACGAGAAUAUCACAUACAAAGCGGCCCUGCUUGCGCCGCUGCCUGGGGACGAUGCUUCCUCAUCUGAUCGAAGAAAAGGCAAGGGGAGGCAAAGGGAGCCAUCCAUAUCUACGUCCACGCACCUCCCCCUCCUUAUGACGCGAUUCCCGAACCCCCUCCGCCAAACCUUCCUAUCCUUUCUCUCUGCCAAUUUCGACACCUACGUUUCCAACCUCCGUCUCUCGUCGAAUUUCAUGUGCUCGGCGCUGGAAACAUAUCUGUAUGUUUUGAACCCCGGGCUUGAUGAUUCAGACUCUGAGACCGAGCCCGUCCCCGAUCGUCUCGCUCAGAAACAAAUCCUCGAAGACCUCGUCAAGGAACUACAACUGACGGUGGCGUUUUCGCCAGCCGUCGCGCCCGCCCUGCGUUCGCUGAACGUGAAUGUGCCGCGGGCGUCGUUGGGAAAGAUUCUCUUGCCAGCGGAUCCCGGGUCCGAGUCGUCGUCCGUCCUGAAGGGUCUGUCGAAUUAUAUUCGCGCGCAGUUGGCGCUGGAUUUGGAUCUUGCCGGGGAUUCGGAGGAUUCGGCGAUCGUGAAACAGCAUGUCAGGGUUUCGAAGAUCGCGUGUGCGGGGUUUAAUAUUGCGGGUGAGGGGAGGUUGAAGCUGGUUGGGCAGGCACUAGGGUCAGGAGGUGGGGAGGAAGGAGGAGGUGAAGAUGAAGGGGGUAGUGGCGGUUUGAGUGAGAAGAGCAGGCUUGGGUUACGUGCUAAUGAGGCUUUGCUUCGUGCGGUUAUUCGCAGGGCUGUUGCGACGGGGGAGAAUCAGGCAUCAUGA